AUGUACAGACACGGCAUGUGCUCUCUCGCUCAUAUGUUUGCUCCUCCAAACAAAUUGAUUAAUCGCAUUGUACCGAAUAGCUAUGUCGAGUUCUCUUCUAUUCUUGUCAGUCUUUACCUUUCAGAAUCAAUUCGCAAGCUCUUGCCAUUGAUCAGUAUGUUCAUGGGUACAAUAGUUAAAGAUGCGAUGCAUUCACCGUACAUUGAAUUCCUAACCUUUCCCCAAAAAUCUACACAGGGACGGCUCCUGCACUUUGCUGCCUUGGUGUGCACAGGCAAAGGGCAUCUGAACAAUUGCUUUCCGUGGAUGAACUAUAGCAAAUUACUAACAUUCUGCGCUACGGGCAUCAAGUAAGG